ACGGCUACAAAACAAACCUGAAUUUAGUUAAAUUAUAUUUAUCCUGGUAUAUUUAUUUUGCCAAAUUCUUAGUGGCGUUCACGGAGCACCUGUGUUAGGAUGGGUAAUUACGUGUCGCUGUAUCUGACCAACCCAAAGGGAACUCCGCUGCCACUAACGGAACCGAGUUUCGAUCCGAAUCUAGGUUUUCCCAAUGGCCGAAAGGAACGGGUAAUGAUCGCUACUGAGGAAGAAAUGGAGGCUGCAAAGUUACCCCUUGAAGCCAGAGAUUACUGUGCCCACAAAUUGAUAGAGUACCGUGCAUGCCGAACUAGUGUAUGGCCAUGGGCGUACAAAUGCGCCCACGAAAAGCACGAAUAUCUUAACUGCGAAUACGAUGACUACAUUCUCCGGCUGAAAGAAUACGAACGUGAGAAGAGAUUGCUUCAACGGAAAUUGAAAAUCGAAAAGAAACAGGCCCAAGAGCUGCACGCAUAAUGAGCUCCAAAGCAGUGUAUCUUUUUUCAGUCCAGCGAAACUUUUAGCUCGGCACACUUUGUUUGUGGUACGAUACGCGUGAAAACGCAGCAGGUGGAUACAGAGAUAAUAGAGAAGUCCAUAAUUGAA